UCUGGCAAGGCAGUGGGCACCGAGUCACCAGGUACGACAGCGGGCUCUGAGUCAAUUGGCACGACAGCGGGCACCGGAUCAGGUACCGGAUCAUCUGGAUCAACAGCGGGCAUCGAGUCAACUGGCCUAAUAGGAUCGCUGAGUAGAGGCAUCAGGCCGAGUAGAGGCAUCAGGCCGAGUAGAGGCUUCAGGCCGAGUAGAGGCAUCAGGCCGAGUAGAGGCUUCAGGCCGAGUAGAGACUUCAGGCCAAGUAGAGGCAUCAGGCUGAAUAGAGGCAUCAGGCUGAAUAGAGGCAUCAGGCUGAGUAGAGGCAUCAGGCUGAGUAGAGGAUUCAGGCUGAGUAGA